AUGUCUCUAAUUCUCUCAGUUUUCAACCAUCUAUAUCUUCCCCUUUCACUUUCAAUUCUUCGCAAUCGGUAAAAUCCUGUCUUCGUCAUGUAUUAAGCCAUGAAUCUCUCUCUCUCUGAUCACUCUCCGUCUUUCUCUCUCUAACAUCACCGCCGCUUCAUUUUUCUCUCCAUCUAGGGUUUUGAAGUUUCGUGGUUUUUUUUGUUGUUGAAGAAUCAUAGCAUUUCUACUUAAUACUAGGGUUUUCCAGUUCGCCUUUACGGGAUAAAGCAGUUUCGCAGCCAUAAUUACAGAGAGUGAGUGAAAACAUAUGCAUGUCAUAAGUGAAUGUCCCGAAAUACAGGACUGCUCAGGCAUUGGAGGAUGAAACAAAUAGCCCUCAAGACGGUUCAUGAUAGCAGUUAAUGGACAAGAUGGUUGAAAAAUAGGCUGUAUUACAGAGUAAAUAGCAUUUUUUGGUAAAUAGAGUUGUAACAAACAUAUUACAGGGUUUCGAGGUUCCUUCAGUUUUUUCUUUCAAUGGCUUCUAGCUCUCAUAGAGGCGGUGAUUUCUACGGUGCUGCUUCCUACAGAUCCAGAGAUGGAUUGAGUACGAGGCAAGUAGGUGGUUCAGAUGAGAUACAGGUGCGGAUUGAUCCGAUGCACGGGGACCUAGAUGACGAGAUUACAGGUCUUCGCAAACAAGUAAAACAGCUUAGAAAUGUAGCCCAAGAAAUUGAGUCUGAAGCAAAGUUUCAGAAUGAUUUCAUUAACCAACUGCAAAUGACACUGAUCAAGGCUCAAGCAGGGGUGAAGAACAAUAUGAGACGAUUGAACAGAAGUAUCAUCCAGGAAGGAUCAAACCAUGUGAUGCAUGUUAUUCUUUUUGCACUAUUUUGCUUCUUUGUGAUAUAUCUGCUGUCCAAGUUUUCACGGAGAUAAAGGCGAUCUUCUGCAUUGUUUUGUUGUUUCCUGGUGCAAGUCUUGAUGAAGAUAAGAGAAACACACAAUCUAUUCAAGGCAUCAUACAAAUGCUGCAGUGGUUAAUUUUUAGUGAUUGGGGACAGCAAGGGUGCAACUAUAGGAACUCCAUAUAUCAGUCUUGUGUAAAGUUUCCUUAUCUUUAGUAGCAGUGAGGAUUGUUAUUAGUUUCUUGUUUUCUCUUUUCACUUUUAUUUUUCUUUGUAAUACUUGCUAUAUGACAAUGAUAAUUGUGUGCUUAUCCUAGAAAAAAGUUGAUUAUUGUCAAUGGAAAAUGCUCUAUACUUCAUUUGUUUAAACAGCAGAGCCUGUUUUGCAGA